UUUUUUUAUAUAGAAAAUGUGAGCUUUUUUAACAUUUGUUAAUGUGGGAAAUUUCUCAAAAACUGUCAAGUUCGAUAUUACAAAGUUUACAAAACUUUCACUCUAUUAAGUACCAAUAAAUCCCAUUUUUGAUGAGCUUUCAUUUGUUAUAAACUUCAUUAUACACUCUUGCCUAGAAUAAUAUUAUUUUCUAUCUCAUAUCUUGAGGUAUCAGGCUAGUUGACCGCGUCCAGAUACACAAAAGGUAAUGUUAUCUACAUUCUUAUUAUUAAAAAUAAUGUGAUGAAAAAUUCUGGCAGUAGGCGGGACGGGACGGGGCGGGGCGGGACGCUCGAGAAAAACGCGGGACACGGGACGGGACAGAAAAAUGGUCGUCCCGCCGAUCUCUGAUCUAUAUUACAAAUUGAAUAUUUUAUUUAAAGAAAAUGAUAAAUUCAAUCAUCUUCUUUUUACGAUAAACUUUGUUUUAAUAUAAAAAUUUUUCAAAAGAAUAUUUAUUGUAGGAUUUUACUUUAACAAUAUUUAUUUAUUUAAUAAAACAAAUCUAAAUCGAUAAUUAGAACAAAAAAUAUUCAAUUGAUAAUCGUUUAUUUAAAUUGAAAAUCUAUUUAAAUCGAAUAAGAAAAUGGAUUUUAUAUAAAUAAAAAUAAUUGCUUUUUUAUUAUUCAUAUUCUCAAUAUUAUUAAAUAAAUGUGUUUAAUCGUCAACAUUUGCUUAAUUCAAUAAAAUAUAUUGUAAAACUCGUCAAUGAAAUAAUAAAAACUUCUCUUUAAUCGAUAUUGUUCAUGUAAAAUUGAAAUAUAUUAAGAUGAAAUAAUUUAUUAAAGUAUGUUUGUUGUCGGGACGGAAUCGAUUAUUCUCCGAAAAGAAAAAUAUUUUUAAGAAGAAAUCUGCUGAAAAUUAUCCAUAAGAAAUUUUUCAACAUAAAAUUGAUGAAAAACAGAAAAAAAACAUUGAUUUUCCUUUUUUUUUGAUAAAAUAUAGAAAAUGAUUUUGUUCAAAAACAAAAUAAUGUUGUUCGUUAAAGUGUUAAUGCGUCAUAUAUUCAUAUGACUAAUAAUUACUCACAAGUUUUGCAAUACUUUUAUAAUUCAUAAGAAAAAAAAAGUAAAAUAUUUCUAUCUUGAAUAGUUGUUUGUAUAAGCGAUACACAUCAACGUCAUCGUCAAUUAACAGAUAGAUUAAAAUGAACUCAUAGAGGCGAUAUUCUAAUACAGGCUGGAGAUAUAAAUAAUUUUGGACAUGGCGCAAAACCAUUUGACGAUUUUGAUCAAUGGUUAAGUGAACUUCCAUUUAAAUAUAAAUUAAUUAUUGUUGGAAAUCAUCAAUCAAUAUUAACUCCUUCACUUAAUAAUGGACAAUUUUUAAAAGAUGAACAAAUUCUUAUUGAUGAAUCUCUUUAUAUAUAUGGUUCAUCAUGGCGACCAUCAGGUCAGUCGACAUAG